AUGAAGAGAGAACGCUCUCGGGCACUAGUGAAGGGAGUGAGGACAUGGCAAAAGCCAUCAUCCCUCCAGGUACACUCCAACUUUGAGAAGCAGUUUUCUUCACAAGACAAUGCCAGGAAGGAGGAGUUCCAAGAGACCCUAUCCGGGUCACCCAGCGCUGAACAAGCUCUAGAAGUGCCACCUCAACAGCAGGCAAGUGAAACUACACGAACACCACGUUUUAAACGCAACCGGCCUAUGGUCAACUACAAAUUGUUUUAUUAG